AUGAGAUAUUCCACCACAGACAGACAAUCCGGAUCUCCCCGUCUGACUCUUACUUUUGAAGCAAAACCAGAGCUUGAUCCUGUUUAUAGAGAUUCCUACUCCUUAACCUUCAAGAUUACGCGGGAUUCAGAUGAUCCACAAAAGGAACCAUGCGUCAUCCAUUGGGACCCUGGCGAAGAUGGAUUUGGCCAAUCGGGUAUAAUAAUACUUCACCAUGAAUCCAACGAGCUACGACCCAUCCAGGUCGAGCGUAGCCAGUUACCCGCAAAACAACUCCACCCACGGGAUGUAUCCGCGUCAGAUCCAUGCUUCAAGCAACUUACCCCAGGCGACACCGUUUCCUGGGAGGUGGUCUUACCGUCUGUCUACUAUGGUUCAUUCAUCGAAGAGCACUUGUACGAAAUUUCCUGGCCAGGUGGUCAAAUUCCUUUGUGGGACUGGGGAACAUUAGCAGAGCAUAAUGACCAACUCGUCCCAAGGUUCCCUGCGGUGGUACUACCUGGCGGACAACGUCAGUCACUUGAAAUCAUCAAUAUCGAAAGUGAUAUAGAAGACGAUGUAGCAUCGGGCCCUUCGCCGAGACCCAUUUCACCAUCUGCCAGGGUGAGCGACGCCCCGGUCUUCACCGUCAGCGUCUCUGGGCCCGCUACACUGUCGAUGAAAGACCGCAAUAUAUCAGGGACACUUCGCUAUCCAGUCACUGUCACCGUCGCGUAUGAUGCAGCUCCUGAUAUACUGCAUGAGGAAACCCCCGUUAUAUUUCAUACAUUCAUUUUCCAAGAUAUGGAUAAUCGCUAUAAUGGUUUCCGGCUCUAUGUUGGAGGAAAGGACGGAUGGAGUCCGCAUGAGCUUAAUGGUUUACUCACGCACCAUCGUUAUCGAUUCUCCUUUCCAGACCCAUUCCAUGUGGGUCAUAGCCAGGAUCGUUUCCGGAUACUAACGCCUGGUGAAUCGUGCUCGCUCACUCGGGAGGUGAGUGAUUUCCCGAAGAAUGCAGCCCCCGGUGAUGUAUUCCGGUAUGGGUAUAAGGGAGGCAAGCUUGACUGGUGGGAUUGGGGCAAGUCUGAAGAUCAUGAAGACACCGUGGUGUGGAUUUACGGAGGGGUCACAGAUCCGAAAGAUAAUGAAGGUAGGCCUGGGAUUAUGAUUCCAGCUAGUAACUUGAUCGAGUUCACAGUCGUUGAGUGA